UCGAACCCACUACCUUGGCGUUACAAGUGCCGUGCUCUACCAGCUGAGGGGCACCAUGGGAACCUAUGAGGAAAGUAAAAUGGAUGUUGACAACAGACAGGAAAUGGGAGGAGGAGAGAGUGAUGGAUUGAAAGGGGAGUUAUCGCUAUCAUUUCCACCAUAACCUUUGUAGACUUGAGCAAUAUUUUGGUGUAUCAGUGCUAAUUCCGUUGAAACGUCUACACGCCCAUCUAUAUGUAUACUUUAUCUGUCUCGCUCUCCUCGUUAAGUAUUUUUAUAAAGAAGGGGACGAAAUUCCUAGCUGUUUUCUAUGGCUGUUCCAGUAUUAAUGUAGCACACACUAGCCAGCUGAGCAUAUUUAUCUUGCCUUUCACAAAGCAGCAUCUGGACAGAGGUAUGCAUGUGAAAACAACUUAAAAGCAUCAAUAAUAUUAUUUUAAUUCAAACAUAAAUAAAGAAACACCAAAAGCCAGGUCCUCUUUGGAAUGUAGUAAUUCUGAAUUUUUAUGAAUGAACGCAUUCAUCGUUGGCCACGCCUCAAACCCCAGCUAUCCGUUUUGGCGAUCCAAGGCCCGCCUUUCUCCUCCCCCUUUGUAAUACCCUGGCCUCAUGCCCGCCUCUUAAUUGGCUAGACCGACUGUGGUAGGCGGAGCUGCAACAAAAAGCACAGGGGCAAUAUAUAACCGAGCUGCAAAAAUGAAUAGAUUUAAAUGUGCAGGUGUUGAUGUUCUAUGAAGAACACUAUACAUUAACUUUGGAAUUAUUGCGCCUUGUUGGACAGUUCCCUUUAUGGGGUUUUGUUCGUGGACUAAAACAACAAUGAUCAUCUUGUGACAGAAGUUAUAUUUCAAAUUUUCUUUAUUUUUAUUUUUUCUUUCAAUUGUCAUUUGACAACAUGAGGACGUUAAUAUUGCUUGUUCUGUUUCAAAUGGCGACUAUUGCCUUGGUGAGUGCUGGCUGCCCUGUGGUGUGUGAGUGCCCGGCUGGCCCCCCCUCCUGUCCCCCGGGGGUCAGCUCUGUACCUGACGGCUGUGGCUGCUGUAAGGUGUGUGCUGCCCAGCUCAACCAGGACUGCCACGACUCACGCCCCUGUGACCACCACAAGGGGCUGGAGUGUAACUAUGGCAACGACGUGGGCCACACUCAUGGCAUCUGCAGGGCGCAGCUCGAGGGUCGCUCCUGCGAAUACAAUGGCCGGAUCUACCAGAAUGGGGAGAAUUUCCGGGCUGGCUGCAAGCACCACUGUACGUGUAUCGACGGGGCAGUGGGCUGCGUGCCCCUGUGCCCCAGCCACGUGCCCCUGGCAUCGCCCUCCUGCCCUGCACCGCGCCUGGUCAAGGUGCCUGGGCAGUGCUGCCUCAGUAUCGACUGCCACAAGGGCUCAUCCGUUGUACCCCCAGUACACCGGCGCCCACUGCCUCCAGCUUCUCCCCCUUUCCCCUUCAUGCCCUACCCUGCCUACCCCUACAAACCAUACCCCAAGCCAUACCACUACAAACCCAAGGAUACCAUGGGAAACGAGCUGGUGGAGGUAGAGAAGAAAUGGGACAAGCCGCGCGGGAACAAGCACCUGGCGGCGUGGAGGCAGUUUGGAGGGCAGUGUGUGGUCCAGACCACAAGUUGGUCCCAGUGCUCACGCAGCUGUGGGAUGGCCGUGUCCUCUCGUGUCACCAAUGACAACGCCCAGUGUAAGCUAGUGAAGGAGACGCGUCUGUGCAACAUCCGGCCCUGCAGCUCCAUGUCCAUCCCUGUCAAGAAAGGGAGGAAGUGCUCCCGUACCCACAAGGCCCCAGAGCCCCUACGUCUGUCCUAUGCUGGCUGCCGCAGCACGCGUCUCUACCGGCCCAACUACUGCGGCGUGUGUGUGGACGGCCGCUGCUGCUCGCCCCGCCGCACACGCACCGCCUCCGUGACCUUCGCCUGCCCUGAUGGCGAGCGCUUCGACCGCUCCGUCAUGUUCGUGCAGUCCUGCAAGUGCAGUGAUAAGUGCAGUCAUCUGAACGAGGCUGCCCUCCCGCCCCAGCAGUGGCUCUACGGAGACACACACAAGUUCACCGACUAGCGUCCCCCUCAAAUCCCCCACUCGCUCCCCAUCACUUUACCCCCCAACCAAGUCCCUGAUAGAGUAGCAGUCCUAAGUGUAUCUUUGAGUAGACGCUAGCCAGAUGCACAAAUCCCCCACCACCCUCCUGGAGCAUGUUUUGGGAGACCUGGGUGAAGGAAACUGAUACGUUGAUCUGCACUCUGGACAGAGAUGAGUGACUAGUGCCGGCCUUAGAGUAGACACCUGGUCCAUUGUGGUUCACCAACCGGAAUCACCAAAGUGUGUAAAUAGACAAACAUGGAUUUGACCGGACACCAUUUUGUCACUCACCAUGCACUCCUGUACUCUGGGACUGAACCUGCACUGUGGGGACGAUAGAGAAAGGUGGGACUCACCCAAUGCAGACUCCAACCCAACUGAUGCACACACCCAGUAGACUUGUGGACGUGGGAUGGUAAGGUGUUACAUUUCAUGGUGACUGCCAGCAUAGAGUAGGCCUGUCAAUGGCAAGCAGGUUUGGUUUGAGAGGAAGGAGAAUCAGACUCGCAAAAAAACUGAAUGACUUCUCCAGUAGAUUUCCAAUACCUGCUAUUUGCGUAACCAAAUGAAAACACUAAAAGACAACGUUUUGGUGGGACAAAAUAUGGAGCCUCCACAGAAUGCUCUGGAAGGGACAUUUGUAUUUGUAAUGAUAUUUAUUCCAAGGUAUUUAUUGUUGUGACAGAGACGAUGACACAGUGGUUGCCAAUGAGAGAAGCGAUGCUGCUAUGUUUGGAGAGGGAGGGCCCUGAGAGAGACAAAACAGCUGAGAGCUGUCAGCAGAGAGGGAAGUUCCAGGAGGUCUGGGACCUGACCCCUGGUCACACAAGUGUUCACUGUAAUCAAACAGCCACAUUACCUGAGCAAUAGUGGACGAAGACAACUCCCCAAGGAGAGAUGUUAUGGUUAGAGAGACUUUAUGUGUGCGUGAUAGGUCAAAGGUCAUUUACACAGUUGGACCAGUCUCCAUUUCUUACUCCUCUAUGCCUCAGCCCUGAAACAGUGAGACAUUUAACCUAGCGCCAGCGGAACAAGCCUCGGAUUCUGGCAUCGAGAAGUAAUGUCGCUAAUUCGAAGCAAAUUACAAUCCUGACUGAGGGGUAGAAAGAGCCUCAGCCACCCUCUGGUUUGUUAUUUAAAAAAUCUAGCAACUAAUUCACAAUACUCUUACUCAUGUUGCUUUAUGUUUAUGUGGAGUCUAAUUCUGCCCUCUGCCAUUGAAGGUUGACAUGUCGACUAUUACAUCAUGCUCAUUAGAGACUGAAGCGGACAUGAGGACACUACAAAGGGGUCAGGGGUUAGUACCACAGGAGUUACAAAUGGGCUCCUUUGCAAGGACAUGCGUCAGUAGUCUGUUAUAGCACCUCGAAGAGAUAAGCAUAACAGUUGUCUGAAGAUGGAGGUUAAGAUUCUGUAUUGGUGAGACAUGGACCUCUUUAGAAUUACAAAAAUGCCAAAUUCUUCCCUAUUAGGACAGGUUAAUAAUUCAUGCACCUUAGCAGCUUUGUUCAUUACUGAAUCGGAGUGGUAUAUCUCAGACUAAAAUACGUGUAAUUCACAUGCUUUUCCCUCUGACUCCAUGAAAAGUAUUAGAGGAUUCAAGUACUGAAGCCCAUAUUACAUUGUAGUCCAUGAGAUUUUUUAACCUGCCUUGUUUUAUUUGUAUUUGUUUAAGUGUUGAUUUGUAUUUUUCUAUGAUUAAACUUUGUACAACUUCUAGGUUGGGACAGGCUUUGAUAGUUGCCUCACACAGCCUGUUAGGUGAUUUACUUUGUAAAAAGAAAAAAAAGUGACGUUAUCAUCUGAUUGGUUAGACACUGCCAUCACUGUUGCCCAUGUAGAUUGUGGUUUGAGAAAAGUAUUUGGUUUUAUAACUGGACACUAUAGAGCAGCUAUGUACAGAUGCAUCCUUUUGUUUGUAGCGUUUCUGCUGUAUACAGGCCAAUCCAUUUGAGUUAUAACCAAUUAACCAGUCCAUGUAUAGCUAGCACUGAGCAAGUCUGGGUUCUGUGAUGUGAGCACAGCACACUGCCAUUUGGAAAUCUCUCUGCGCUUUAUUGAACAAGUGAUUGAUGAAAACUUGUAAAAAGGCAAACAUCUGGUUGUUUUGUCUUAACUUUGAUUUACAGGCUAAUUGAGUUCAUGCUGCAUUUGUAAUAAAGUAUGUUUCACUCAACCAUA